GUGAGACUGCAAACAGCGGAGGCAGCGCUAUGCUCAGGAUAACAAAGGAGCCCUGAUCUUGCAAAGACUUAAUUUUCCACCCUCCUUCUCCUGUGAGGAAAGCCGGUGAUUUCAAUGGAAGUAUGUGCCGAAGUGAAGACUGAAAUGGAAGAUGUGAGCGCCAAAAGGGUCAGCGAGUUCUUGCAGAAAUGCGUCAAGCUUGAGGAUCACGACGGGGAUGCUCAGCCCAAGGAAGAGAUCAUAGAAGUGCAAACUCUCCCUAUACUCACGCCAUCCUACCCUCAGACAGUACAAGAAGAAAUAUCAAUGGUCUUCAACACCUGUCCCAUGCCAGCCAACCUGGGUCCAUGCACCAAAAGGAGGCGCGAAAAGGGCAGCGGCCAUGAUGGGACAAGCACAUCUCUCUACGUUGACCGCCGCAAGUCCAAGGUGUGGAACUAUUACACCAAAUUGGGAGACGCCUACGUCGAAUGCAACGUCUGCAAGAAACAGCUGUCCUUCCACAACAGCACCACUACCAUGAGAGAACAUCUGGUGAGGAAGCACAGUAUUCGUGACACCUUGCUAUCUCAGCUGAAGGAUGACCAGGUUUCAGACCCAGAUUACCUGGCUCAGGAGAAUGCAAUAAAAAGGGCCCGGCAGCUGACACCUGAAAACAACAAUCAGUUCCAUGCAGUGUCCUGCACAGAACCUAGGACUGAUGUGAUUCUGGAGCUUGUGCUAGAAAUGAUUUUUCGGGACCUCCAUCCCCUCUCAGUAGUGAAGGACAAAGGCUUUGGCCUUCUAAUUGGCUACCUCGAACCUAGUUUUGUUCUUCCAUCCCCAGUGCAGCUCUCUAGCAUGCUAUGGCACCGAUACAAUGUCGUCAAGCAACACCUAGAACACUACUUGCAAACAGCCCAGUCUAUUGUGAUCUGUGCCGAGUUCUGGCUGUCACAGCCCAACCAGACAUACCUGACAAUCAUGACUAACUUUAUCGAUCGGGAGUGGCGGCGAGCACGAUGCAUCUUGGAGACCCAACAAGUGCACGAGAACAAGGCAGACAGCAAUUUGGGAGACAGGCUGUACUCGGUCCUGACAGACUUUGGGUUAUCCAACAAGUCUGUCUUCUGCGUGAUGCACGACAGCCUACAGGAUUUGGAGGCCAACUCGUCACAACUCAAGUGUGUCUAUGGCUGGACUAGCCUGUGCUGCGCUGCCCACUUGCUGCAUCUUUGUGUCAAGGCAGGCCUUGAGGUGGAGCAGGUGCAAGAGGCCCUGUGCGCCGCCCGUAGCAUCGUCUGCUACUUCCAGCAGGAUGCUAAGGCCACCUGCUCACUGAACAGCAAACUGGAAGCCAUCAACAAGACUAAGCUGAAAUUGGUGAUGGACACGGGUGCUCGGUGGAUAACUACCAUCGAGAUGUGUGAGUGCCUGCUGGACCUCAAGUGGGCCAUAAUGUCCGUGUUGGAGGAACAUCCGAAAGGAACAAUGGUGGUCCAGAACUUGGCUGACCACCAGUGGAAGCUCUUGCAGGAUCUGGUGCCUGUCAUGAGGACACUUAAGAUCGCCACCUCGUUCUUGCGGGAGGAGCAGAACUUCUCUAUCUCCUCCCUCAUGCCGUGCAUCCAUGGCAUUGUCACUGCCAUUGGACAGCAGUCGGAAGAAGCCAGUGGCAUCAUCAAGACUGUGGUGAAUAAUAUAAGGUCGGAGUUAACACAGCGCUGGGGCAUCUUGGACGACGAGAAAUUGCUGGAGAGCCCAGCAGUGGUUGCAUCAUUCUUAGACCCACGUUUCAAGGAAAUGAGGUUCCUGAGCCCCAGUCUGCGAAGUGAGCUGCACAAAAAAAUUAAAAGCAUGCUGUCCCAGUUCUUUAACCACCAGUCCCCACUAUCAACCCAGUUCUGGGUGCCAAACUCUGAUUACAAAGCAGAGGUUGGAGAAGCAGGCAGCCAGCUCUCUGCCCAUAAGGACAGGGGCCCAAGUGGACAGUCCCAGAGUAUGUACGACAUCCUUUUGGGAAAGGACCCGACUGAGAGUAUGCCUGAGAUCCAUCAGCAGCUGGAGAACUACAUUGUGGAGCCUCUAUGCAAGCGUAGCACUAAUCCCUUGGACUGGUGGAAGAACAAUGAACACCGCUUCCCCUCUGUAGCCAGAUUAGCCAGGCAAUACCUGGCCAUACCAGCAACGGUUGUGCCACCAGAUCAGGCCUUCGCUGCCAGUGAAAGCGCCCUAGAGCACCGGAGAGGUGUACUUGCCCCUGAAAAUCUGGACCAAAUUCUAUUCUUGCACCAAAAUUUUGACUUUUUAGAAUCCAUGAGAAAUGGCAAUGAGAACCUCAGUAAGACUGUGCACAAUCAGUACUGAAAAGUCAGGUACGGGAAGGAGAGAUAGGCCAACCAAUGCAUUAGGGUGUGGCCUAUACACUGGGAGAUGGAGGAGGAGGGUUGUAAAGUCUGGAAAGGGUGACUUCAGGUCACUUUAGUCAGAGGUCAGAGUUUGACCUUACCUGGUAAUUUAAAAACAAGUUUACUGUCUGAACUUACCUGUGUUUUUUGCUGUAGUGGUAGGUGAUCCCCUACAUUUCUUCUUUAAAAGGUGCCCUUGCUGAAGCAGCUCAAAACAAACACUCGAGGUGCAAGAGACCUAACAGAAACACCCUAGACCAAUAAGAUAAUUUUAUACAAUUUUUACAAAUAAAGCACUUGAUGGUAAACAAACUAUCACACCAAUUAACACUCUAAUAACAAACCCCAAUAACCAGUAUCAUUGAAAGGUUGUUUCACUUCCUGAAUAGAUAAUUUUUUCGAUGGUGUAUUGAUCAGUAAGGCAAAAUAGCCAAUGGUGUUUAUAGAUUAGGGAUAGAGUACGUUAUGUACCUUAAGAAUUCUCUAUAUGAUUUCCUGAUGAAGACUUUAGUGUAGUCAAAACAGGGAUACCAGGGCUCCCUAGACUGAAAAAGUUGCUAUGACAUUGGUAUGGUGGUUUGUGUACUAUUGAGUGCUUUAUUUAUAAAUAUUGCAUAAAAUUACCUUGUUUGUCUAGUGCAGUUCUGCUGGGUCUCUUGCAGUUGGAGUGUUCUGAGCAGUUCCCUCGCGGAAGCAGCCAUUAGAAGAGCCAGGGCCAUGGUGUGUGUGUGUGUAUGUGUGUGUGUUUUAUUUCACUUUCAGAUUCCGGCGAGGCCCUUCCAACGAAGCAACCUACUUAACUGAGUCUUCCUCAGCUCAUUUUUGGAAUCCUGUAGAAGAAAGCAGGCCUUCUUCUGGAAAGGCUUGCAACACCCUGGCUUAUAGAAUCAUAGAAUCGUAGAAUAGCAGAGUUGGAAGGGGCCUACAAGGCCAUCGAGUCCAACCCCCUGCUCAAUGCAGGAAUCCACCCUAAAGCAUCCCCGACAGAUGCUUGUCCAGCUGCCUCUUGAAGGCCUCUAGUAUGGGAG